AUGCUUUCGGAUGACACCUAUAGUCUGUGGGAGGUUCACGAAAGUGGUGGAGAGCGAAAACUAGACGACGAAGAGAAACCGCUGUUGGUGCAGCUCACCUGGCAUCGUGAUGAUCGUGAGGGGCGAUUUCUGUUGCGGAAAAAUCGUCAAGGAAUGGCUCCAUUAGCAACAAUACAGCUACCAGAAGAGGAGAAUAUGAAGCGUGGUACGAAACGAUUUUCGAAGCGAGAAAAGAAAGAAAUGAAGAAAAAACAUCAGAAGGACAUAAUCACUGUAAAUACUGGCCGAGAAGAGGCAUUGGCACCGGUCUGCACUGACCUUUAUUGUCAGGUUGGGAGUUAUGUAGCUUUUGAAUUAUCAUUACUACCUAGCAAUUUUUAUCUUCGAGAGAAAGCACAGCUCUACAUCCACAUUCCACCUAUUUUUCUGCCUUGA